AGCCGGGCCGGGCGGGAGGCAUGGCGGGGCCCCCGGCCCUGCCCCCGCCGGACACGGCGGCGGCCGCCGCCGCCUCGUCGUCCGCCUCGUCCCCCCGCUACCAGGAGUGGAUCCUGGACACCAUCGACUCGCUGCGCUCGCGCAAGGCGCGGCCGGACCUGGAGCGCAUCUGCCGGAUGGUGAGGCGGCGGCACGGGCCGGAGCCGGAGCGCACGCGCGCCGAGCUGGAGAAGCUGAUCCAGCAGCGCGCCGUGCUUCGGGUCAGCUACAAGGGGAGCAUCUCGUACCGCAACGCGGCGCGCGUGCAGCCGCCGCGCCGGGGCGCCACCCCGCCCGUUCCUCCGCGCGGCCCCCGGGGGGCUGCCGCCGCGCCGCCCCCGCCCCCGCCCGCUCCGCCUGCGCCCGUCGCCUCCCCGCCCCGAGCGCCCCGGGCAGCGGCGGCCACAGCGCCCCCCUCUCCCGGCGCCCCGGCCCCGUCGCCGCCCCCCCGCGCGCAGCGGGCCGCGCCCCUGCCCCCGCCACCGCCUCCGGCCGGGGCGCCCUCGCCCGGCCCGCGUCGUGCCCCCCCGCCCGCCGGGGCCGCCGCCCGGGAGCCGGCGCCGCCGUCGCCGCUGCCGCUGCCGCUGCCGCCGGAGGGGGGCGCGUCUCGGAGCGGACCAGCCCGGCCCGUAAGCCUGCGGGAAGUGGUGCGCUACCUCGGGGGCAGCGGCAGCGGCGGAGGCCGGCUGACCCGCGGGCGCGUGCAGGGGCUGCUGCUGGAGGAGGAGGCGGCGGCCGCCCGAGGCCGCCUCGAGCGCACCCGCAUAGCCGGUCUUGCCCUGCCCCGCAACGAUCGUUCGGGAAGGGCGCCUCCUGCCACCAGCUCCAGAGCAGCCCGAACCAAGAAGUCCGGGGAAGAGUCCCUGAGAGAGGAGGAGGAGGAAGAAGAUGAGGAAGAGGUGUCUGCUCUCUCAGAGGGUUCUGAGGUGCCAGAAGGAGAGAGUGCCCACAGUGGGCAGAACCAGUACAAUGGAGAGACUGGCCAGCGGGAAAGUGGGAAAGAUCGGCCCAGGGAGUGGAGCUCCACCAUAGCACCAGGGCGGCAGGAUGAGGGUCACCGUUCAGCCCUAGCAGACGGAACCCGGGAGGCCUUUCCAAUGGGAGUGGUGAAGAUGGAAGGGGGUUCAGCCUCAGCUGCCACAGGUCCAGAUUCCCCUUCACCCGUGCCUUUGCCCCCCGGAAAGCCAGCCUUGCCCAGCUCUGAUGGAACUCCUUUCGGUUGCUCCUCUGGCAGAAAGGAAAAGCCAUCUGAUCCUGUGGAGUGGACAGUGAUGGAUGUGGUAGAGUAUUUCACUGAGGCUGGCUUCCCUGAACAGGCUUCUGCUUUCCAGGAACAGGAAAUUGACGGGAAGUCCCUUCUGCUAAUGCAGCGCACAGAUGUGCUAACUGGCCUCUCGAUCCGCUUGGGGCCAGCUCUCAAAAUCUAUGAGCAUCACAUCAAGGUCCUUCAGCAGGGCCACUUUGAAGAUGAUGACCCUGAUGGGUUUCUUGGCUGAGCCCCUGCCCCUCUGUGACCCCUGAGCUUCCCCUACCCCUCUCCUUUUCCCCAGUUCCCUUGUGCCCCAUCUGCCUAAGAGUCCCUAGCAUCCAGGAACUCCCUAAGGGGGAGAAAACCCUCUUCCCAACAUACUCCCCAAAGAGAUUCCAGGGAGGCUGGCGCCUCAUUGUCACCCUUUCCCAACUCCCUCACCCUUAACUGUAGGUAUCUAUCUUCUAUCCACAUCCUGCAUUCCAAGCUGGGGGUGAUGGCAGGAGAAGAUGCAGGGUCCUGCAUCAUACCAGGAGGGGACCCCAACGCCCCCCCCCCACUAGACUCCUGUUAGGGGGAAGGAAUGCCCUCCUUUUCCCCUCACCCUUCCCCCAAUUCAGCCAGACUUCACCUUUGUAAAUGUUUCACCCUGAGGAAGUAAGGACAGGACUGGACUGGCCUUUCCCUCUCUCCCCACCUGUUCCCCUCAUCCCAAUGCCUUUCCUUCCAACCUUGGUCAGUUUGGAGAUCCCCAGGGUUAAAAUGGUGGGUUGUCCUGUUUCCUUCCUCUCUCUUUCUCUCUCUCUGGUUGUUGCUCUGGCUGUCUAAGUUGCUUUUUAAUAUUGCACCUGAGGUUUUUUAAAUAAAAUUAAAAGAAAAAUCUCUCUGA